AUGGGAAAGACAUUUGCAUCUCCAAGAUGUAAUCAUUGUGCUGGUCCGCAUAGGAUACCCAAUUGUGAAAGGUUUGAGGCUAUGUCCAUUAAGGAACGCCAGGACCUUGUGGAAAAAAACAGAUUGUGUUUCAAUUGUUUAUACUAUGGACACAGAGUUGACAAAUGCAGAUUUCCACCGUGCUCUAAGUGUGGGAAACGUCACCAUGAAAAGCUACAUACUGAUGGUGAGUCGGUGGAUCAACCGUCAACAGAACCAGAGAGAGUUGUAACCCUUGCUAAAGUUCUUACUUCACAAAAUAACAUCAGUAUUGGUCCCAACUCAACCAACAAUAGGAUUAUACUAGCUACUGCUGUUGUAUGUAUUACUGACAUAAAGGGUACGCCUCAGUUAUGUAGAGCAGUGAUUGACUCAGGUGCUGAAAUCAGCUUGAUAACUGCAGCCUGUGCUGAACGUCUGCAAUUGCCUCUCAAGUCAUCUGCAUGUCCUAUUUCUGGUAUAGGCAUGACUCAUUCCAAGGCUAACUCUGUCAUCAAUGCCAAGCUGUCAUCACGGAUCAAUAGUUGUUACUGUACUAAAUUACAAUUUCACGUACUGUCUAGUAUAUCAAAUAAAAUGCCUAGUCAAUAUUUUGAUGUCAGUUCACUGGAAAUCCCAGAUUCAAUUAAGACUCAAUUGGCUGAUCCACACUUCAACAUUCCUGGUCAAAUAGAUGUGUUGCUCGGUGCUGAGGUAUCUUAUAGCAUUUUUAGUGGACAGCGAUAUCCGUUGUCAGAUUGUGCAAUUCUGCGUCGCACUACUUUAGGGUGGGUAUUAGCUGGGAAGACCUUUCUGUCAUCAGCUCAUGUCAAUAACGAAUCACCAUCACAUCAUCCCAAUAUCAAUUCAGCGUUAGCCUUACUAAGCACUAAAUCUGAAACACUCCGACAAGAGGAGGCUGAAGUUGAAAGGCAUUUCUUAAGAACUGUUUGUCGUGAUGAGAAUGGUAGAUUUGUUGUGCGAUUACCGCUUCGUCAACCUAUUGAUGAGCUUGGCGAUUCUCGUUGUAUGGCUGUAAACGCUUAG